AUGAGUAUGUCUGAAGAGAAGCCUAGCUUGGAUUCAAGUGUUCCUCCUGAGGGCCAUGCUUUCAACAUUGAUCUUGAAAAGGGGCUUCCUUUGAAUACACCGCAGGAUAUUAAAGAAUCAUUCGGGUCAGGUUCUCCAAAAAUCAAACGAAACAAGGUAGUAGCUUUCCUUGUUUUUUUGUUUCCGGAUAAAGAUUAUUAUGAUAUAAAAGAGAACAAGAUUAAAGCCAACGCCUAUACUUUUUUAGCUGAGUAUAAGGAAGAAACAAAACGUCACUUCCCUAAAAAUGUAAUCUUCCAAAACAGAACGGUUCACUGUAUUUCGACAUUGGUUUUAUCUUUAUUGUGCUCAUUAGCAGCCUUUUACCACUAUGACUUUCUUUCUUGGUUAGUACAUGUAUCUAGCAAAGUUGGAUAUGCUUGGGAUUUCUUUUGUCCUUUAGGUCAAUUCUUUUUAACAUGGGCAACUUCUUUCGGUGUAUUUUACGUAUCCAGUCGGCCUAUAAUUUGGGUAGCAUGGCUCGUGGCUAAAGCACUAAUUUUUAUUGUGGGUGGUCUUGGGGUCGUUUCCGAACAUUUUUUAUUUCCGGUGCAGGUGUUUUAUCCACUGUUCUUUUUUAUCUUUGCGGUUGGUUCUAUUGUGAUGCUUAAAUUGACGUUGAUUUUCGUUGUGUUAGUUUUAGUAGGCUUUUUGGAUUUUUCAAAACUAGAUUUUAUAUUUCGUUGUACUCUCGCGGUAGCAGUUGUGACAUUAGAAAUGCUUGUCGCAAUAUUACUUGCAAAAUUUCUUGUCAAUGGCAUAAAGUCCAUCUUCACAGGUCUUGGACAAACUGUUGGUGUCGUGUGUUGGAUAUGUUACCACAGUCUUAUUUGCAUCCUUGGAUAUUCAACUGAGGAAACCAGUUCACUUACGCUUCCAAAGCAUCAACAAAAGGACGAUGCAUUUUUUUCUUCGCUUUCAAUUUUUAAGGAAGAGAAAAAUUGA